UUUGUUUUUUGCAAUGAAAAUCCAUCAAGUACUGUGAAUUUAGUUCAGAUACAUGUACAGGUGAACACAAAGGAGUCCGCCUACAUGUACACCUUCUUAAGCCCGGUCAAACCACAAAAUAUCAACAUAACGUGCCAAAGUUCUUCAGUCGGUGACAUGGAAUUCUGACAUCAUUUUUACGUACAUCCAAUUAGGUUGAUCAUUGACAAACAUUGUCAGUUAUUAAUAGUUUUAUGUCAAAUUUUAUUAGCUACACGAGAAACAGGCAUUGCCGUGUUGUUAAUUGAAGUGAUUACAUCUGUGUCUAACGAAUUCCACGACCCCAGUUAGUAGAAAUCUCGGUCAAAAUUCACAAUGGUUGGCGAUGCCCGUUCCCCCCGCUCUUUUCUCGACCCACGAGAACGGUGGACCGGUGUAGCAAUUCUAUUCUUAUUUCAGGCAAUUACUGCAGACCAUUACGAGUGUCCAGACGGAUGGGUCCGAUUCCAAGACUCCUGUUUCUUCUUCAGUAAAACCCGGGCCACGUGGGCUUCAUCAUCAUACGUAUGUGCCGAGCUGGGAGGGACCUUGGCUCACAUGGAGACACAGGAUAAAAGCGAUUUUCUGGAGAACUUUGUCCUGAACCAAGCUUAUAUUGGAUGUAUAAACGACAGAGAGGUUCGCUUCCUAGAUGGCGAGUUUCACUACAGUGACUCUAUGACAAAUAGAAUGUGUACAGUAAAAUGCAGAAAAAGAUUCUAUGAUUUUUCAGGAACACAGUAUUUCGGACAGUGUUUCUGUGGGAACGUAUCGUGGGAGAAGUUCCAGAGUUAUGGCCCGUCCCCAGAGGACCAGUGUACGCUACCCUGUCAUGGUGAUAAGCAGGAACGGUGCGGGGGUCACUGGAGGUCAUCGGUAUAUUUAACAGGUGGCCGAAAACACUGGGUAGGGGGGACAGAUAUGAUGGAGGAGGGAAAGUGGGCGUGGUUUCCCGGCAAUGAACCUGUGACGUAUACUGAUUGGCUUCCGACAGAACCAGACAACAAAUUACAUUCGUCGUUAGAGAAAGAACACUGCAUGACAUUGUUGCCAAGCUCACAUAAUGUUUACCAAUGGAGUGACGAAAUAUGUAGCGAGCUAUUGAAUUUCAUAUGUGAGAGAAUCGCUAUAAGGUCGGGUGUUUAAUGGAUUAUGGUACGGUGGUUUGUUCGUUUGCAGCAGUCACGUGAAUGGUCGCUUGCAAUUGUCACGUGUAUGAUCGUUUAAAAAUAGUUUUCAUAUAUUUAGUUAUCAAUAACACAAAACAAUUUUCUUCCUCCUUGUAAUAAAAUAUAUAUAAUAAGGGAAAGGUAAGUUAAAUGUAAAAAUGUAUGUAGAGAAUGUAUUUACAAUAUAUGUUUCAUUCGCAUAUCUUAAUCAAAUUUUAUGAAACUUCGUUUAUCUUAUUUGAAAACUUGCUUGUAUCGCGUUUAUUGCAUAUUGACUGAGUGUGAAGACCGU